AUGGCCGAGUCGCCGGCAGGUUCUGCGCUCAACCCUAAUGAUCAGGCAUCGGUGGGCGUGGCUGCAGACUCGGACGCCACCGCACUCGUUCACCGCAACCUGAUCGGCGUUCUACUGGGCGUUGCGCUUCUCUUCGCUGGGUUUAUCCUUUGGCUCUUCCUCGGUCGUUGGGGUAAGCGAUCCCGCGCAGCCGCCCGCCGCGUCUUCUGUUGCCGCAAGAAGAGGACGAAGUGCGCGGGUCUACCGGAGAUGCAGUGGGAGAAGGAGAAGUGCUUCAACGACGGGGACUCCGUGCAGUGCGCGGAUCCUCGCGCAAAGGCCCCGUUGAGCGAGCUUGAGAAGGGCACGCUUCAGCUGGGGACCAUGAAGAUCGUAAGACUCAGUAAGGAACGCUUCCCGACGAUGCAGAACUCGGGCUUCUCUGCCCAGGUAACUGUAGCCAAUCCGUCGAAGUAG